GAGAAAUCAGGAAUAGGGAGGAUAAUCCGAGAACACGAAGCUGAAAAUUUUCUCUUCUCAAAUAUUUAAUUGAAAUUGCUUCCGAUGUGAGAGCGUGGCGAACCGAAUGAGAAUGAAGCGCUAAAUUAACUUCACACCUGCCCCUAGUUUGCCGAUUGUUUAUGUUCUUAGUUUAUAAUCCAGAAGAUGCACACCUUUAUACAGAAAUCAAACCUGAUGAUAUAUGAUGUGGAUUCCUAGCUCGGGAAUGGAAAACAUUUGUUUCCGAAGAUAAAAAUACUAUCGAAGUAUAGUUCUUUAAAUUUGUAGAAUUCAGACUGUCGGAGUUUGAAAAAAAAAUCCUCUUGCUGAAAUGUGAAUUUUUUUUUCUUCAUUCGCUGUUGACUGUCAUUUUUAAAAACAUUUCUUUUUAUUUUUACACAAAUUGCGUUUUGGUUUUGUAAGGUAGCCGGUUAGACUGGCGAAGUUUCAGAUUUGUUUUUAUUGGAGCUAAGUGAUUUUGUACUAUUUCUAGACGCGAUGUUUUCCAGGUGGAGAGAGGCUACAAUCUAUAUGAGACUAGCUUUCAUCAGUUUUGUUCUGGGUUUUAUUUUGUAUGUUAUUGGAUUUUCUACCAUAUACUGGGAGUAUUUCCAAACCACAGAAACUUCAACCAAAGUCAUAGGGCUAUGGAAAUACUUGCUGGAGUAUAAAUACACCAAUAACGUCCAGGAAGCCAGAGAUUAUCUCAGUAGUGCACAAAUACCCAAAUAUUUCUUUAACUCUGGCUGGUUCCGUUUGACACAAGCUGUGGAAUGCCUCGGUCUGAUAUGUAUGGUUGUAGCCCUUUUGAUACUACUGUUGUACUUCUUUGUGUCCUCGUGUAAACAGAGGAAAGCUCUCUACGCCAUUAUCUUAUUCACAUUUCUGUCAGUUUUAUUUAUCGUUAUUGGCAUCGCUGUUUUUGGUGGGAAGAUGGAUCAGAUGGGCUACUCUGUCGGAUGGUCAAUGGGACUCGCCAUUGCUGGCGCCUUGUUGGCAUUUUUUGCAGGGAUAAUGGAGGUUCUAGAACUUCGAUAGCUUUUUUUCUUUCAACGAUUUUUGUGCCAAACUAUGGAGAAGGGAGGACAAAAGGCUCUUUAUGAGAAAUCGGAUCCAUAGCAUCCAUUAAAGAUUUUGCAGACGUCUGUCGAGUCUAUCAUUACCAGCGAAACUUAUUUGAAUAAUUAUUUUCUUUAAAACUUCAUUUUGCAUUUGAAUAUAAGUAUGUGUAUUGUGCAUGUAUGUGUUUUGUAUGUUGUAAAACUCGAGUUUUGCGAUAAUUUAUUAAUUAUAUGUAUAUAAAAUAUAUUAAAGCAAUAUAUUUACAACAACAAAAAAUCAUGUACCCAAUUCUUCGCAUUUUCUUUUAGCCAAUGGCCAAAACAGUAGCGUUGGAAUAAAACAAACAACAUCGUA